UCUUCAAAAACCCUUACACUGACAACAGACAUCAUUUUCAAAAUCACUCAUUUCACUACUAAAAUUAGUCUAUUCUAUCUAUUUCAUAAUUAAAUCCAGCCAAAAUAGAAAUCAUAUAAAAUAUCUAAGUCAUGAUGAAGAUGCUGUGUCUGCAUCCUAGGGUAUUUAGCUCCUCCUGACUGGUUCAGUCAAGUUGAGGAUUGUCUCGGUACAAGUGAUGCUGCAAAGCUGGUGUUUUUUUCAAUCUGACAUAGCUUAUAACUGACACUGAUUGCUACUUAAUUACACAUUUUAUUAAAGAAGUGGUAAAAGCUUUUUUGUAUUCAGUUUGCAAAUUGUGAUAAGACAUCUUCAUAGUUCAUAUGAAUGAUCAAAAAAGAAGAACUGGCAAAAACCCUAUACCGGUACUUAUACUUAUAUUUUCUUAAAAACUGCUCUCUAAAAACACUUUUGGAUUGUGACAUAAAGAAACAAGGAUCGUUUUUACUAUCAACAAUUAAAAAGACACAUUUCACAGGGAAAAUUGUGUAAGUCCACUUUAAAAAGUGGAGUAGGGGUCUAGCUGCUUAUAGGCUACAUGUGUAUGGGUUUGAGUUUAUAUGAAGGAUGUAUUCAUGUUUUGAUUAUAUAAAGUCAAUAAACUAUCUCUUUUGAGUAAAAAAAUUAAAAAUGCCACAAACAAAAAUUGCAAUCAUUUGUACACUGAUUUAAAUCAGUGAUUAAAAAAAAAAUCAUAGUGAUUUAAAGGCAUUUGCUAACAUUGAGCUGCGAGGUCCCACUUGUCACCUGUGUCAUGUUACAAAAAUGAAGCACAGAAAAAAUUGCAUCCAAAAAUCAUUAUUUAGUACUUGAAAGAAGUGAAAUAUAAAGUCACCGGAAACACCAUCUUAAUUUCAUCACGUACACUUAUGUGUUCUAUUAUCAUUGGCAUGAUAGAAAUUACACAAAAUCUUCUAUUAUAACGUAUCAAAAGCCUUAAUCUUGUUGGUUUCAGAGAUUUUAGGUUGAUAGAAAGGCAUCCAUGUACAUAUUUCAUCUCUCCUUUUUUUUUAUUUUUUUUAAUUACAUGUCUAUAACUAAAUUGCCAACCCUGUUUAAAAGACAAAUUGGUUUCGCUUCACAUAAAACAUUAGUUGCAGAAGGUUGAUUGCAUGGCGUAAUUGAAUACACCUGGAUCAUGUCUUUGAAACGAUUGUGACUAAUCCAAUUAAUCUCACCUAUGCAAAUACAUCAUUGUCAUAAAUUCUUUACAGUAUGGGAAAUGUACAAAAUCGUCCCAUUGAAAACAUAGAGCACACAGAUUUGUCUAGACAGUGUUGGGUAUAAUCAUGUAGUUAGAAACACUUUGAACGCACAUGUAUGCAUGUUAGAUGUUUAACGUUACGUACUGGCUUUCCAUAUUUGUGAUUGAUCAAAUCAAUUUGCAACUCUUUGAAAAAAAAAUGUGGGUCAGUUAUAUGUUGUUCCAUGAAGACUUUAAGAGAGGAUAUCUUGGGUCUUCUCCUACAUCAAGAGACUGAUAAACAAUACCAUGGGAUAGUGGGGCCUUAGCAGUAUAGCCUUUUUGACAACACUUCAAUAGAAGAUACUUGAAGGAUUUACAUGUAACUCAAAGAAACCAAAAGGAACAUUAAAAAACAUUUACAUGUAAGUCUAAAACAGCACACUUUCUCCAAAUUCAUGAAUAAAAGAUCAAAGAAUAGUAUCCCGGUAGUUAGAAGCAAAAUGAAGAGGUAACCAAACCGUCUCGGGCUUAAUAUCACCUUGCGUUCCAUGAAAUUGGAAUGCAUAAACUUUAUCAUCUUGUCUAAACACUAUAUUAACUCUAAAUCAGCUCCCUAACAUUAUCAAUUUUCUUUCUUCAACAAAAUUUUGACACAAGACCAAAAAAAAAGGGGGGAAUUGGAAAUACAUCUAUUCAACAUCAGCAUAUUUUGUUUUUGUUGAUUCAUGUCUCUUUCAGAAAGAUCAAAUAAAUUUUGUCUGACUAGUCAGCUGUAAUGUGUAAAAGGUACUUCAUUUCCUUCUCAGAGUAACAAAGAGAAGGUACAUGUAAUUGCAAUUAUCAUGGAGCUAGGUCUAAGUUAAUAGCAAAUUUUAAUACUAACUAGAAUUAACAAUUUGAAGAGUGAUAAACUGUAAAUUAAUUUCCCAGAAUGUUUUUGUUUUUGUAAUCACAUAAAAGCGUUGUGGUGUAGCGGUUCUGACUGGUGCCUUGGACAGACGUUCCAGGGCCCUCAUCUUACAAAGAGGUUUCAUCACCCUCAACUGUAUGGAAAUCCAUCAAUGUCAUUAUUUUUUAUACAGGAAAUUUGCUCAAUGGCCUUAAUUUUAGAAAGUGGAGUACGCUUAAUUUUCAAGGAAAUUAUGAAUAUAUGCAUAUACAUCUUAUCUAGAAAAUAAUAUGAACACGAACAAACAUGCAUUUUAGAUACUGAUGUGGCUGGCUGUCCAUAGUUGUGGUUGAUCGAAUCAAUUGAAACUCUCUGUUAGACGCGGCUCUGGUCUCACGCAUACGGCGUGAGACUCCCGGUGGGUGUUUCAUAAAGCAGUUCGUAAGUUACGAGCAACUUUAUGAACGACUAGUGAUCCUUUCUUGUGGUAAAUUGUAUAUUCAUGGGCGAUGGUUAAGCACGUAAGAAAGGUUCACCAGUCGUUCUUAAAGUCGCUCUUAACUUACGAACAGCUUUAUGAAACGGCCCCUUGCUUUAACAGUCUUGCUCUUCUUCCAAAUCUCUUUCUCAUGCCUAUAUCACAGCCUUCAUGUAUCCUCAUACACAUUACACUCAAUGCCUGGUGAUCUCACGCCAAGUCACACUUCCCUGCCUAAAAUCUUACGCAUUGCUGGUCUUUGAACUUGGCAUCUCUGCUUGUAAUCAGAGAUUUGAGAGUUCAAACCCCAUCGCGGCCUAGCAUCCUUUGGCAAUAGUAAAGUAAAAACUUACAAACCUAUGAAAUUUGGCUCUUUUCACUGAAAAAUAACAAAAAAAUACUGGCAAAGAGAGUGAAUUUUUCAUGGCAUUAAUCAAAUUUACCUGGAUUCAUUCAAAGCUUAUCGCUUUAGUUUCUAUGUAAAGUAUUUGUGUCAAUGGCCAUACACUGUAAAAAAUUGCUGUAAUUUGUACGGUAAAUUGAUGUAAAUUUUAACAGUAAGAUACUGUAAUGAUGAUUUUACAGUAAUUUGCCGUAUUAUUCAGGCGGUUCACGGUAAUUUACAGCAAUCAUUCGAGUUCUUUUUUUGGGAGAUCAACUUUACAGUAAUUUACUGUAAUUGAGCACGCGAAAUGCAUUCUGGGAUACAACACGUCACACGCGCAUGCGCCUCUUACUCGGCGCGGAGCAUAAAUUCUUGCAAAAUUUCGAGUGUCAGAUCGAUAAGAAGUGCCGUCGGAACUGCUGUUGUUUUGAAUUCAACUUUACGUCUCCGGUCAAGUACACAUUCCCUGUACUUCUCGUGGAAGCUGCGGCUGCAAAAGAUGAUGCAAACCUGCAUGAUGUAGCAUCUGGUGUGCUGAGAGGGUUGCAGAGCCUGUUUAAAGAAGGGAAUGACUCCCUUUUCCUCAUCCGUGAUGUUACAUAUACUGCUGAGGACAUGGAGAAAGAGGGAGAUGCAUCUGAUUCACCCAAACUCAUAAUCCAAGGAGAUCCAUUUGACUCGGCCAAGUCCCAGUGGAUGGUCAUGGUUGAAAGCAGAGUUAUUGGCCAUUCAUCAUCAACAACUGAAGGCUUUCUUUGUGGGGUGGCAUACCUUUUUGCCACCUAUUACAACCUCAAUUUGGAAUAUCCAAGCACGGCUGCAGCAACACUGGAGUUCAUUCAGAGAUGUCUCCUCGGAAUAAGCCCUGAUGGGUCGAAGUGCCAUGCGUCAAAGAGUCACUGCAACGCGAAAGUAGUGUCAUUUGUGCGUCGGUUUGCUGAUUUCCAGUGGCUUUAAUUUCCUGAUUUGUACAUUUUACCCCAUCAUCUAAAAACAUGUGAUUUUAUAUAUCACCCAAUAAUACUAUGUUCGCUUGGUCACCAUCCUCUUGAAUAAUUGGUUGAGCUUUGUCUGACCAAGCAACUACAGAGUUUAUGCCCAAUAUUGCAUAACAUGAGAAACUUGCUGAAAUAGAUUGUCGACAUGCUAGUUAUGAGAGAACAUUCAUUUGAAUAUGCUAUUAAGUUGACAUUGCCCACAACUUUAUUUUAGCCGUUUCUCAAAUCCAGGUCAAGUAAGAGUGGGGGAGGGGUAAAAUUCAUAUAGAAAUUGUAAAUGUAAAGGGGUUUCAUACUUGGAAAAAUAAAGUUAAGAAUAUCUCCUUACAACCGAAUUUGAACCAUACAAAAACAUAGAUAUAUGGCACUACACACUGUUUGUAUGCCUCCGCCCACCAAAGGUGGUGUCGGAGGCAUUAUGUUUUUGUGUUGUCCGUCGGUCUGUCUGUCCCACUUUCGUUCUCGCGAUAACUUAAAAACCGGUCAACAGGUCAACUUCAUACUUUUUGACUUGAGGAUACAUAUCUGGGCGACAAUGAGCUGAUAAGUGUUUGGGUCCAAAGGUCAAAGGUCAUAGAAUUCACUAAAAUACAUAAGAAAUAGACCAUUCUUACAAUAACUCCAAAACCCUUUGAUAGAUCAACUUCAAACUUGUCUCGUGUGUAUAUGUUAAAGUAACAAUGAUCUGUUCAGAUUUUGGGGUCUCAAGGUCAAAAGUCAAGGUCAUUGAAUACAAUAAAGUACAUAUAACAUAUACCGUUCUCGCAAUAACUCCAAACCAUUUGACGAAUCAACUUCAAACUUCGCUCAUUUGUGCAUAUACAAGUGACAAUGAUCUAUUAAGAUUUUGGGUCUGAAAGUCAAAUCUCAAGCUCUCUGGAUUCAAUCAAAUGCAUAUAUUUGCUUUUUUGAGAAACAGUUAUCUGACUAGAUUUUGAAGUCACAAGAUCAAAGGUCUUGAGGGUUUUUUUUUUCUUUAUGGAAAUAAAAACUAGGAAAUAUAUUUCUGGUAUGGCAGUAGCGGAGGCAUCUAUUUCCAACAUUCGUGGUCGAAAAUUCAUCUUUAGUUAGGAUUAACAUUGCUGUAAAUCAAUUUCGAUUUCAACAUUGUGCUACAUUAUAUAUAUAUGUAUAUAUAUAUACUGCGUAGUAAGCGCUUGGUCAUCAAGAUGUUGACAAAUAUUGCAAUAAGCUGUUUACUGAGAACGAUGUAAACUUCUGUAAUGUAUGUGGCUUUAACACAGCCUACCAAGGUGGAGUGAGAUUAUUAUUAUAUUAUUAUUACAUGAAUGACACAGUGAUCUCCAUUAUUGCAUAUCAUGCAUGGCUGACUGUUAGCCAUUUUUGUAAAGAGGACCAAAUUAUAUCAAGAAAUUCAGGAAAUCUUAAGGUGAUGUAGCAAUUUUUUGUUUUCUUAUAGUCAGAAAAGGAUAUUAAAUGUAUCAGAAAUUCCUCAAAUGAAAAAGCAUGUGACAUUUUGAUUACAUUUCAAGAGUUUCUCAAAAUAGCAGAUUUGCAUGAUGUAGUACAGAAAAAUUUGAAAAUUGUAGAUACUUCUCACAGAUUGACAUUUUUCUUCAUUAUGAUUACUGAGGAUUUACUACAUUGUAUUUUGUUGUUCACAGAAUUAUAACAUUUUCAUACUUUCACUUUCGCAGCUGUUCAAGUGUCACAGUACAAACAUUACUUUGGCAAAAUUGGAGGUCAUAUUUGUACAUGUUUGUUCGUCAAAUAUUCAUGUAAAUAUUAAGUAUUUGCAAUGGUAGCAAUACUCUCAUUCGGGUUUUUUCUUGCCAGUUUCAAUAUCAAAUUGAUAGUACUGUUAUAAGAAACUUUAUUUGUGAGGAAUAUUGUCUGCAAUGUAAUAUUAUUGUCACAAUUUAAUGUAUUCAUGGCAGUUAAUGUAUUUGUAUGCUUGUAAUAUAAAUUAUUGGUUCAGUGUGUGUUUAGGACUAUUCAUUAUUUUGAUAUAGGAUUGAAUAAGGUUUUCUGUCUUAAUAAGAUUUUUGGGAAUAUGUAUAUAUAAGAAGUUGACAUACACUUAAUUUUUUAUCAAUUAAUAGUAUACAUGUAAAAUUACUCAUAAGUGAGAAGUUUCACUUAAAAAUUCAGUUUUCUUCUGGUAGAAGCAUUGUCGUCAGGUUACCAUGGAGUAAGCAUUUUGCGUGUUACUACGGAUAUGUGGAUGUAAGAGAUAGAGAGUCUGUGUGUGUGCGUGUGUAUGUUCAUCCAGUGUUCAUCCAAGGUCAGCUGAGACAAGCCCUCCUAGAAGGAAGUUCACUUUAGUCAGAUUUGUUUUCUUAAAGAAAUUGAAAGUUUGCCAUUAUUUCAGGCAGUAGUUGCAUAAGUGAAAAAUUGCUUUCACUUGUAAUUGAUUCUAAUGGGUUAUGACUGAAUAUUUGAAUGAUUAUGGUACCCUUCAUGUAAAUGGAUUGCUUUAAAACACACCUGUUCAUUAAUGUACUCUCAUUUAAUAUACAGUGGCCUGAAAGUUUGUGUAAGGUUAGCAAUUACAACUACUUUAAUGCAUGCAAGGUGAAUUUUACUUGUUGAAUAGAUUUAUUUACAAAAUGUUUAAGUCAACUGAAUUGCAAACAGCAGAUAAAGUAACACCAACCAAAUGUUAUGGUUGUUCUUACAACCUUUGUUGCUUGCUCUGACAGGUCCAACAAAUACAUAAAGAGUUUAUGCAUGCAAAAAGGAUGCCACUUAUUGUAAUACCAUUCAGUACAUGGUAAUUACCUAUUACCAAAUCCAGAGGAACAAAGUAUUCAUGAAAUUUGACUACAUUAGUGAACAGGUCUGUAAUGAACAUCAGCAUUCUUAGGACAUUUCUGUGUACAUAGUUUCUGUAUAAUUGUCAUCUUUGAAAUUUGAUUAUGCAACACAUUCUACUUGCCAGCAUUUUGCCCAUGAUCCUUACAAAAAUUGUACUGUUUGUGAAAUAUGGCAUUGUCAGUUCGUCUGCAUGUUAAUGCAAUAAAGACUUUUCAAAGUUCCAUUCAAAAGUUUUACUCAAGUGUAUUUUUGUCAUUGGAAGUUGUGCCAAUUACAGUAAAACAUACUGUAAAUGGGGUCAAUUUACAGUAAAUUACUGUAGAGAGUGUACAGUACUGGGGGUAAAUUGGGAAGGUGUACAGCAUUUUACUGUAGGAAGUGUACAGUACCUCACUGUAAUGCAAGGGAAAUUUACAGUAGUUUACUGUAAUUUAACCAAAUUUACAGUAGCAACAAUUCUAAAAUUUGGUAAAUUUUACAGUAAGCUACAGCACUUUUCACGGUAUUUUCCUGUAGCUAGUUCAAAUUUACAGUAAUUUACUGUAGGACGAAACUACAGUAGCUUACUGUAAAAUAAAAAUUACAGUAAAUUACCGUGCAGCAGAGUUGCCAGUAAUUUACUGUAAAAUCUACAGUAAACUUUUUACAGUGUAUGUCAGGUUUUCAAAAAUUCAUUGUAGCCCUUUUGAUUUUUUCAUGAAAUUCAUGAUUUUUUUUACAACAAACAAAUAUUCCGAUCAAAAUAAAAAAAUAAAAGUUUAAUUAUGUUAUAUGGAACACAAUUGAUAAGGUCACAUGUAAAGGGCAGCCAUUUUGUUUCUUUAAUGAUAUCAGAGAAAAGAAAGAUCGCAUUAUUAUCUGUUGCAGAAGAGACUAAUUACAGAAAUUCACCAGGAGCUCACUAAAGCCUCCUUUCAGACAUGGUGCUCAGUAUCGAAGUCAAGCAACAUUUCUUUGAUAAUAUAUUUGGAAAAUGAGUCAUGUUGGCCACUAAUUUUCCCAUUGACUUUGUACAGGAAUCACCCAGUUCCAGAAGGUGAUGGGUUAAAGAAAAUAUUCCUGCCUUUGCAACAUUUCGAGGUUGCAAGCUGACAAAGACCUGGGCCCCGUCUUACAAAGAGUUGCGAUUGUUCCGAUCAAUCGCAACUAUGGAAAGCCAUCAACAUCUAAAAUGCAUGUUGGUUCAAAAUAAUUUCUAGAUAUGCUGUAUAUUCAUGCACUCAUCCUUUUCUUGCAAGUUCAGUGUGCUUUUCUUUCGCUUACAAAAGACAUUGAGGUAGUUUCCUGCAAAAUAUAUUAUGACAUUGGACUAUGGAUUUCCAUAGUUAUAUUGAUUGGAUCAAUUGUAACUCUUUGUAAGACCAGGCUCUGUCAUCAUAAGCACUAAAAUGAACUUAUGAUUUAUACAGUUUGCACAGACAAAUUCAUAUAUAGAGACAACAUAGCUCAUUGAUAUUCUAUUUCAUUUAAAAUGAUGGUCCAGGCUAGAGAUAUUUAUACCUAAAAAAAUCGAGUAAAAUUCACAGAGAAAAAUGCUGAAAAUUUGAUCAAUAUCGGAUAACAAAUAACAAAGUUAUUGAAUUUUAAAGAUUUGCAUUAUUCCGGUGGAACAGUUCUGGGCAUGUCUUCAUGAAUAUUCAUUAGGUGGGCUAAUGAUGUCAUAUCCCCACUUGUUAUUUUGUAUUUUAUUAUAUGAAAUUAGGUUUAUUCAACUUUU